AUGCACGCACCGGUGACCUCCACUUCCUUCUCCUCUCGCCGUUGUUCGGCGGCGCAAUCCUCCGCUUCGUCGUUCCCGGCGGCGAGAACACGAUUCUCGAUUGGAAAAAAUCGAUCGAAUCGUAACACCAACAAAAGAAACAGCAACAACAACAACAAGAGAGGAUCGUUACAAGUUUCCGCGUCAAUCUUCGGCGUCGGCGCGCCGGAGGCGUUAGUCAUCGGCGUCGUCGCUUUAGUCGUGUUUGGUCCGAAAGGUUUAGCCGAUUUGGCCAAAGGUUUAGGAGAAACGUUGAGAGCGUUCAAACCUACGAUUCAAGAGCUCCAACAAGUCUCGCAAGAGUUUCAAGAGACGUUGUCGAACGAAGUUGGGAUCGACGACAUCUCGAAACCGUUAGCGCCGCAAAAGAGAGUCACACCGCCGCCAAUUAGAGAAGUUAACGUGGAAGAUGAAGAGAGGAUUAAGGAGAUGAACGCGAGCGUGCAGUUUGAGAUGACGGAGCAAGCGAAGGCGAGUCAAGCGAUGGCGGAGGCGAACGACGCCGUGAGCGAAGAUAUGAUCGAGGCGUCGAAGCGAGCCGCGUGGGGUGGUGCCGUCCCCGGAGAAUUGAGCGCGGAAGAACCACAGUUUGUCGCAGAGGUUGCCGAGACGGCGGCGCCGGCGGAAGAGCCGGUGAUGCGGGUGAUGGAUUACACCCAACCGGCGGCGCCGGCGGAGGAGGAAGAGAAAUAA